GGCACAUAACUGCAUGACUUCAUACUCCACAAUUUCUCAUUUGUGAGUGAAGCUUAACAAAAGGCAUGGAUCUAAAAUCAGAUUCUUACAUUGUUAUGAAUGAUGGAAAUAAAAUUCCGGUGAUUGGCUUUGGCACUUAUGCUUCAGAAAAUUUUCCGAGGAACUUGAUGGAAGAUGCUACAAAGGUGGCUAUUGAAGUUGGAUAUCGCCACAUUGACUGUGCCUAUAUUUAUGGCAAUGAAGCAGAGGUUGGCAAUGCCAUAAGAGCAAAGAUUGCAGAUGGUACAGUUAGAAGAGAAAACAUAUUCUACACUGGGAAACUCUGGAACACAUUCCAUAGUCCUCAUCUGGUCAGACCAGCUCUAGAAAAAUCUCUUCAGCAGCUGCAGCUUGACUAUAUGGAUCUAUUCCUUAUUCAUUUACCAACUGGUCUCAAGCCAGGUGAUGAUCUAAUGCCUGUUGAUGAAAAUGGUCAUUACAUUUUUCAUUAUACAGAUCUGCGAGAGACUUGGGAGGCUCUGGAGGAAUGUAAAGAUGUUGGACUGGUGAAGUCCAUUGGUGUCUCCAACUUUAGUCGCAAGCAGUUGGAGCUAAUCCUUAGUAAGCCUGGACUGAAGUACAAGCCAGUUUGCAAUCAGGUGGAAUGUCACAUAUACUUAAAUCAGAAAAAACUGCUUGAGUUCUGUAAGUCUCAGGAUAUUGUGCUUGUGGGGUACAGUAUGCUGGGAACCAGCAGGGAGGGGAAAUGGAUUGACCAGAAUUCACCCAUUCUUCUUGAAGAUCCAGUGUUAAAGUCCAUCGCUAAAAAGCACAAGAAAUCCCCAGCUCAGGUGGCCUUGAGAUAUCAUCUGCAGAGGCACAUCAUAGUCUUGGCAAAGAGCUUUACUACUGCCAGGAUCAAAGAAAAUUUCCAGGUCUUUGACUUCCAGCUGCCCCCAGAUGAUAUGGAAGCACUUGAAGGACUAAACCAAAACCUGCGCUAUGUUCCAGCAAAAUUAUUUGAGGCUCACCCAAAUUAUCCUUUCCACGAUGAAUACUGAAGAAGAUGAGGCAGAAAGCCAUGAAGAUGCCAUCUUUUUUGCUUUUGUUUGUUGACUCUUACUCUGUGUUUUUUUCAUGGCAAUUAAAAAGAACAUAUUUAAAAGACAAUUCUAGUCUUUGAAGAUGUCAUUCUGUGAAAUAAGCUUAAUUGCAUAUUAAGC